GCGGCCUUCGGUUAUGAGCAGGACCUCCCUCGCCAGUCUUCGGGAAUCAUUGCCGGAGAAUCCUCACAUCUACGACGUUGCCGAGAUCCGCGCUGCCACCAACAAUUUCCUCGCCCGCCGUCUCUCCUCGUCAUCCUCCUCGGCGUCCUGGCGCUGCAAUCUGCGCGGGAAAGAUGCCGUGGUGUUCCAGAGGAAGUUCAGGCGGAGAAUCGCCAUGGACGAGCUCAGGGACCGACUCUCCGUCAUCUGUCGGAGACAGCGGAGAAGGAGGCGAUCACAUCUACCUAGUCUACGAGUACGUCCAGGGAGCUACCCUCGCGGAUUGCCUCAGAAACCCUACGAACCCUAAUUUUACCGUCCUCUCAAGUUGGAUCUCGCGGAUCCGAAUCGCCGCCGAUCUAGCCCACGGCCUGGAUUACAUCCACAACAAGACCGGGUUGAAGAUCCGAAACCUCGUCCACAACCACAUCAAGAGCUCCGCCUUCAUCGUGACGGAGCCCAACUUCAACGCGAAGAUCUGCCACUUCGGCACCGCCCAGCUCUGCGGCGAAACCGACGAAAUGUCGCGAGAGAGAGACGAAUCGAGUAAGCUGAAACGAUCAGACAGCAGAGCGCUCAGGUUCGAAGGAGUGAGGGGAUACGUGUCGCCAGAAUUUCAAUUGACGGGGAUCGCGACGCAGAAAUCCGACGUCUACGCCUUUGGGGUGACGAUGCUCGAGCUGCUCUCCGGCGAGGAGCCGCUGAAGUACAGAUUCGACAGGUCCACCGGGAAUUUCGAGCGGACGUCUGUGAUAGAGACGGCGGCGGAGGUGGUCAAUGGAGGAGACGGCGAGAGAAAGGGGAGGCUGAGGAGGUGGAUGGAUCGGAGGCUGGGGGAUUCGUUCCCGGUUACGGUGGUGGAGAAGCUGACGAGAUUGGCGCUGGAGUGCGUGGAGGAAGAUCCGGAGAAGCGGCCGGAGAUGGGAAGUGUCGCCGGGAAAAUCUCAAAGCUGUAUUUGGAAUCGGAGAAAUGGUCGGAGAAUAUGAAACCACCGGUGGAUUUCACCGUCUCUUUGGCUCCCAGAUGAGGCGCCGCCUCAUUUUUAAAAUUUUUUCCCCUAAAUUAAUUUUUUUUUUUUAAUUUGAGGUGUAAUUACUAAUGAAUCAUCAUUAUCAAGGGUUUCUAUGAAAUUACUCAAACCCUCG